UUGAGGAACACAGAAACACAAACUACAAUUCAAAUUAAAUGAACAAGAAUUUUACUUACAAAACCGCUUAAGAAUUCUAAUUAGCUAUAAAAAUCCAUAUAUAGUUUUAAAAAUUUAGGCUAUUUUGGUGUUAGAUGGCGCGUAAUCGGCCAAUGCUUUCUAUAUCUAAAACUUAAAAAAAAUGAAGACUAAAGAAGAGGUAACAUUCGAUAGCAAUGAAGCAAAAGCAUUAAAAUGGUAUCACUAGAUAACAAUUGUCAAUAAAACCUUGCCUUCUGUACGUAUAUAGUCUAGUCAUGUUAACAUACGUCAACGGUGACCUAGAUGAGUGUGCACUGCGUGUGCAAUAUUAUUUUCAUCUUUAAAAGCUGAAUCAGACUCGCAGAAAAACAUCUACACAAUAAUGUACUCAUGUUCAAUAGUAAUCAGAGCAAGCAAUAAACAUAAUAACUAUGGUUAAUUUGGCCAUUCACUCCUUUCACUUCAUGUAUGCUUAUGUGACUAGGUUAAUGUAACUUACACUGCCAAACUGUUAUGUACUCUAACAUAGUUUAUCAUGAUAAUUUUAUGGAACAUAUUAUACAUGUAAGAUGAAUCACAAGAAUCAGUAUUUCCUUAAAAAUUUAGAUUUCUAAAAUAACGGAGACUAAUUGUUUAUAUGCACAACCUGCAUAAGAGUUACCAUUCAAGGUACUACAAGCAAUCAAAAUGCAUAUGUAUUACUGGUUUGGGACUGAAUUCAAAGACUUUUUAUUCUAUGGAUAUAAUAUAAUAACUACUCAAUGUUUUAUAUCAACAUUGAUAGGCUUAAUAGCUUUAGCUAUAUUAUAUGAGGCUAUGAAAUUAUCGCAAGUCAAAUUAUAUGAAUAUGCCAAAGAAAGUGAUGAAAUUGAAAACCAAGCUCAAAACAUAGAUAGUUCUUCUUUAAUUUCAGAAACUUUAAAGUCUAAAUAUAUUUUAAAGUCACCUCAAUGCUAUUCUCAGACAAAAUGGCUAUUAGAACUUGGUCACUGGUCAAUGCAUGUUGUAAUAGGGUAUUUUUUUAUGCUGACUGUAAUGACAUUUAAUGGUUAUAUAACUAUUGCACUUGCCAUAGGUAGUGGCAUAGGAUACUAUGUGUUUGGCCCAAUUCUGGUAGAAAUGAAUAUUAGAAAAUUUAAAAAACAAUGCAAAAUUGUACAAGACAACUCAGAAUGUAUAGAUGUCAUUGUGAGUACGGAAAGAAGAAAUUCUACAAAUUCAGAAGUAUCUCAGCAAGCAGAAGUUAAUAUUCAAGUUGAUGUUGAUUUGCAUUGUUGAAUUUAAAAAGUGAAUUUCACAGGUAAUUUGCAAUAAAAAGCUGUUUGUGAUAUUGUUAAAAUAUUGGAUAGAACUGAAAAAAGUAAGUCCUGUUGACAGUUUUAAUUGCAUAAAAAUAUGUUAUUUUUUAUUGAACUUACAAAAAGGUAUAGAUGUAAAUAGUUGUAUAUACAAUUAUUUUAAUGUAAAAGUAAAUGUUGAC